AUGUCUUUGAAGAUUCUGACGCGGAGUGGCCUUCGCAGCCACCACUUGACUACAGCACGCAUCGCCCCCGCACGGAGGUGGAGUAGCUCCAUCUCGCAGCGGCCGGGGUCAGAUAGCGUUCGGUUCCCUGGCGCUGUCAACAGCAAAUUCACUACCCAGAUGUCGUUCCUCAAGGCAUCGGAUCUGCCUGCCAUCCCUACCUACCGAGUAAUGGAUUCGGACGGCGAAAUGGUCGAUAAGACGAGACCGGCGCCCGAUGUGACAGACGAAGAGGUUCUGACGUGGUACAAGAACAUGCUAUCAGUAAGCGUUAUGGAUGUGGUCAUGUUCGAGGCACAACGGCAGGGUCGGUUGAGUUUCUACAUGGUCUCCGCAGGCGAGGAGGGCAUCACAGUUGGAUCCGCCGCAGCCUUGACACAAGACGAUGUAGUCUUCGCACAAUACCGCGAAGCCGGUGUAUUCCAGCAACGAGGCUUCACACUCAAGAACUUCAUGAGCCAGCUUUUUGCCAACUGUAACGACACAGGAAAGGGCCGCAAUAUGCCCGUCCACUACGGACAGAACUACCCCCGCAUGGUGAGCCCAUCAACCCAUCAUUACGGUACAGCAAAUGAAGAACUCGAAGCUGACAAAACCACACAGCACACAAUCUCAUCACCCCUGGCCACACAAAUCCCCCAAGCUGCCGGUGCAGCCUACGCCUUAAAACUCCAAGACCUCCAAAACCCCAACCGGGACCCCCGCAUCGUAGCCUGCUACUUCGGCGAAGGAGCAGCAAGCGAAGGCGACUUCCACGCCGCACUCAACAUCGCCGCAACACGCUCCUGCCCCGUCGUCUUCAUAUGCCGGAACAACGGCUACGCCAUUUCCACACCGACACUCGAGCAGUACCGAGGCGACGGAAUCGCCAGUCGCGGCGUAGGCUACGGCAUCGACACGAUCCGCGUCGACGGCAACGACGUCUUCGCUGUGAAUGAAGCGAUGAAAGAGGCGCGCAGACUUGCGCUCAGUGAAGGCGGAAAACCAGUGCUCAUCGAAGCUAUGAGCUACCGCGUCUCACACCACAGUACCAGUGACGAUAGCUUUGCUUACCGUGCGCGCGUGGAGGUCGAGGACUGGAAACGUCGCGAUAAUCCUAUUAUCCGGCUGCGGAAGUGGCUUGAGAAUCAGGGGCUUUGGAAUGAAGAGUUGGAGAAGACGACGAGGGAUGAGAUGCGGAAGGCGGUUUUGAAGGAGUUUGGGGAUGCGGAAAGGCAGCAGAAGCCUUCGCUUAAGGAGGCGUUUGCGGAUGUUUAUGAGGAGAUUACUGAGGAGCAGAGGGAGCAGAUGGCUGAACUGAAGCGCAUUCUGGAGACUUAUCCAGAUGAGUAUGAUCUGCGACCUUACAAGGAUGGGAUUAAGGGAUUGGACUGA